UUCAUUUUAGCUGUCGCUACGCCAGCUUGUUCUGGGGGAAUGCUGAGCUGAAGUGCAUCGAGCGGUUUUAACGAUCCCAAAGUGGUUUAAUCCAAAACCCUUCAAUAUUAAUGGCAACACAAAUGAGUUGUUUAAAUUUAAAAAAAUUCUCUCACACAAAUCACGCACGGAUGUGGCUGUUCCUCGAGAAGAGGCAGGAAGGCCUAAUGUUAUGGUUGCUGGAGAUUCCUUCCAAUUUCUUCCAUCCAAUUUUAGCACAUUAAUAAUACUUAUUAGAUUUCAUUUCAUUAGCCUCGUUGAGAGAGGGAGAGAGAGAGAUAGAAAGAGAAAACAUGCGAAACGUGUUGCUAUCAGCAAAUGAGCGCACACGCUGCAUUCGCCCGAGGAAAGUAUGCCAUGACAUUCGGUAGUAUCCUGUUCAUUUUUUUACACUCUCUUUCUCUCAUUGCUUUCGAAUUCUCGCGGAAAAUGUGCUCUCGCUCACGUUUUUGGUGGAAAAUUCCACUCAAAAAAGGACGAUAUCUCAAAUCCUCGUACCGAACGAUGUUGCUUGGACGACCAUGUCCUUGCUCACAAAGAGCAGAAAGAGUGAGAAGAGAGCAGGCUACGGAGAGAGCAAGCCGUACGAAAAUUGCCAUUUUCAUUUUUGCACUCCAACCACGGGCCACAGUUCACCCGUUGUCGUCCUAGGGUAGGUGUGGAGGGCUUGGUCCUUGCUGGCGGAUUGCGUGGUGAUACGCACGAACUGGCGUCGAAUAAAAUGGGUUACAGCCAUGCUGGUGCACUGUUCGGCUGGCCAUCGUUUACGCGGAACUGACCCGCACGAUACCCGGUUGUACUGCUAGAACGGGGCAAAAAGGCACCCCACAUAAACACAAACGCGCGCGCGGGGGAAUCGGUUCGUUCCUGCCUGCCAAAGGGAGCAUUACGCAGCAACAACGCAAAGGUGAUAGUGGUGGUGGUGUGGUGUACCAGGCUACACGCAAUUAUCGUACGAGCGACGUAGGGAAGCAGCGCCAUCCUCUACGAGCACACCUCUCCCGCACCACAACACUAGAAUAGCCGUCUCCAGUCACUCAGCCCAGGUUGCGCCCAGGUAGCCGAAGGAUGGUCACGAAGAAAAGCGUCGACAUAGAGAAGGAAAAACUUGCGAAAAACAUGUACUCCGGCUGCUCCGGUGGCAGUGGCAGCACCACCUCCGGCCAUCUUCCAGCGGCCAAAUCGUCCAGUGCGGCAGGGAGCACCGCGGCCGGCCCGUGCAACACGGUAGUAAGCUUCAGCCCGGGCACGAUGGCCAACAGCAGCAGCCAUAUGGUGCAGCAGAUCCUUCCCCCCGGCCAGGAUGCGCCCAACAUACUCGUGUACAAAAAGAUGGAAGCCAUCGUGGAGCGGAUGCAAACCGAGGGCAGCGGCGUGUCGGUGCGCACGGUCAAGGCGUUCAUGAGCAAGGUGCCGUCCGUGUUUACCGGGGCCGAUCUGAUCCAGUGGAUCAUGGCGAACCUGACGGUGGACGACAUUAGCGAGGCGCUGCACCUGGCGCACCUGCUCGCGUCCCACGGCUAUCUCUUCCCGAUCGACGACCAUCAGCUGACGGUGCGCAACGAUGGCACGUUCUACCGCUUCCAGACGCCCUACUUCUGGCCGUCCAACUUCUGGGAGCCGGAAAACACCGACUACGCCAUCUAUCUCUGCAAGCGCACGAUGCAGAACAAGACGCGGCUCGAGCUCGCCGACUACGAGGCGGAAAAUCUGGCCAAGCUGCAGAAGAUGUUCUCCCGCAAGUGGGAAUUCAUCUUCAUGCAGGCCGAGGCGCAGAGCAAGGUGGACAAGAAGCGCGACAAGCUCGAGCGCAAGGUGCUGGACUCGCAGGAGCGCGCGUUCUGGGACGUGCACCGGCCGAUGCCCGGCUGCGUCAACACGACCGAGAUGGACAUUAAGAAGGCGUACCGGAAAGGCGCCUCGUCGCUCGGGUCGGGGUCGGCCGGUACCGCCGCCCACAGCAAUCCGGCGGAAACGAUGGCCAAAACGAUCGCCCUGCUCAAGCAGAAGCUCGACCGUCGCACAAUCAAAGUCUCCAAGGUGGCCGAAUCGUACAUCUCGUACUAUGAGCAGUAUAGCGAGUUUGACUACUUUCUAUCCGCGCCCGACCAUCCCAAUCCAUGGCAGACGGAUAAUACCGAAUUUUGGGACGCGGAGAAACUGGGCAAGGACAUUCCGAUGAAGCGCGUCAAACGGUGGGGCUUUAGCUUGCGGGAACUACUGAACGAUCCGAUCGGACGCGAGCAGUUUACCAAGUUUUUGGACAAAGAAUUUAGUGGUGAAAAUUUGAAAUUCUGGGAAGCGAUACAGGACAUGAAGGCGCUGCCCCAGUCCCAGAUCAAGGAGGCCGCCCAGGCAAUCUGGAACGAGUACCUCGCGCCGGACGCUGCCUGCCCGGUCAACAUCGACUCGAAAUCGCUCGAGCUGGCCCGCGACGUCGUGAAGGAGGGGGCGGCCCAGCCGAGCCGCUGGUGCUUCGAUGUAGCGGCCGACCACGUGUUUUAUCUGAUGAAGAGUGACUCCUACUCUCGCUUCCUGCGUUCCGAUAUGUACAAAGACUGUCUGAACGGCUCAAAGAAGAAGACAUCCGUCAAGGGACUUCGAAUAUUUUCCGGACGAAAAGAUACGCCUGUGAUAAAUUAACUUUUGCCUGCUUUUAACGGUUCCGAUUUUGUUUUUUUGUUUUGUAUUGCGCGUUUCUAAAACGCUUUUAUGAGAUAAACACAACAUAUUCACGGUUCACACAUCGACCGGGAAGAUGCAUACUUUUCCGGCGGCAUCCGUGCGGUGUUGUUUCUGUGUAGCAUGAUAGUUUGACGAUAAAACCAGACCAUUUUCCUCCCACAGCAAACCAUCCCCGGCGUUCGCCCAGGAGCCCGCUACGCAUAAAUAUAUCCACUAUAGUGGCAAAUUUAAUAAAUUAUGAUUUUGGGGUUUUCUGCAAACCAUCAUGUUAGUGCUUUUUAGGAACAA